AUGUCGGAAGGUACGAGGCAGCCACUGAUACUGCCGUAUCGGCAUCCAGUAUCUGACCUCAUCAUUGCCAAUGAGGAUCGCAAAGCCCACCAUGCCGUCGGCACGAAUCAUCUGUGGGCCAACCUGACAACUUCGUAUUGGCUGAUCAAAGGCAAACAAGCGAUCAAAUCGCAUCGCCUACGAUGUAAUAGCUGCAUUCGGCAGUGGAGGAAGCCUGCAGACCAGCUCAUGGGCCAACUUCCUGCCGCUCGAGUUGCUAUGACGAAGCAGGCCUUCCAGCAUGUUGGAGUGGACUUCGCAGGCCCAUUCCUAACCCGUCAAGGUCGUGGACGCUCACAAUUGAAGCGCUAUCUCUGCCUCUUCACAUGUCAGGAGACACGAGCAUGCCAUUUAGAGAUGGCCUAUGACCUCUCCACUGAAGGCUUCCUGAUGUGUUUUGACCGAUUUUGUAAGCGCCGCGGAACACCACGUCUGGUAGUGUCAGACAACGGCAGAAACUUUGUGGGUGCAGAACGUGAGCUGCGUGAUGCCCUUGAAGCUAUUGACCGAGGUCAAGUGGUCACCCGUACAGCGACACAGCACACGUCGUGGACGUUCAACCCGCCCCGGGCACCACACCAUGGCGGCUUCUUCGAAGCGCUUGUCCGGUCAGCCAAGCGAGCAGUGUUUGCUAUACUGCAUUCUGCUAACUUCACUGAUGAAGAACUGCAAACUGCCUUUGUUCAGGCAGAGGCCCUGUUAAACAGCCGGCCACUGACUACAGUUGGAUCAGAUGCUGAUGAUCUCGCCCCGUUAACACCUCAGCAGUUCCUCAUUGGCCACAUUCAGGUGGAAACGGCCAUAGAAGCGGCACAAGCUUCUAUGACACCCGCACACCCGCAGAGACGGUGGAAAGCUGUGCAGGUUGCUGUGGACCACAUCUGGCAACGCUGGCUGAAGGAAUUUGUGCCUACGCUUAAUAUCCGACAACGUUGGAGAACGCGCAGUCGCAACAUAACGGUUGGUGACAUGGUAUUGUACAUGGCACAGGACACGCCCCGUGGAAUGUGGCCUCUCGGCAAAGUGGUGGGCGUUUUCCCCGGAGCAGACGGUCUCGUGCGUGUGGUGGACAUCCUCGUCAAAGGCAAAACGUAUCGGCGUCCGACCAACUUGCUGGUUCCACUUGAGGUAGAGCCGGAGGUGCCUGCCAAGUGA